AUGCCAGCGUUUAUCGAAGACAUUGAAAUUAAUAUUAUUGAUAAGGAUGAGAUUAAUGAUACGGAGAUCGAGUAUGAUGGUGGUGUGUUUGGAAUAGUUAACUAUAAGAAUUAUGCAAUCAACUGGCUUGAGAUAGUUACAUCGGUUUUGUUUAUAACAUAUGUAUCGCUUGUUCUACUAACAACGAUGUCUGGAAUAUGGAAAACCCCCAAUGUAUUUAAUAAGGUAAAUUCGUAUAUUGACAAGUGGGUUGCAGCAGGGUCAUUUUUAUUGAGUGUAUGUGGAUCUAUGGCGAUGCGAAGAAAGGAGAUAAGCUACUCUAUACGGAAUAUCAAGACGAAUCCGAGCGUAGUAUUCGUUGGAUUGAUGCUGGUUGCGAUGCUGGUGCUUUCGAGACGAUUUGUCUUGUCCACAAUCCAAAGCCUACCAUUCCAACCCCAGGAAAUAAAUACAGGAGGGCUUGGAAAAACAUCUGGAUUAGUGCUGUCGUACAUAUUCUAUGUAUGUGUGAAGGCGAUAUUUAAUGGAGACCUGAGCUACACGAGCAAUCUUGUCAGGAGUAUAAGUAUAGGAGUAGGAGCUUUAAUAAUGUUGGCAACGGUUAUUCUUAAUAUGAUGUCGAAGAUUGAUAAUAGAAAUGUGUCUUAUGGAUAUGCAGCGGCUGGAAUAGCUAUGGCAUUUAUAAACAUGUUUACAUUUGAUCUGAGGACGAUGACAAAGCCCAAGAAUAUGCUAAACUGGAUAAUAACUAUUACAGCGAUUGUGCUGUUUAUUAGCAGCUUGAUAAUUAUAAAGAAUGCUUAUUGCUUGAAUCAACAAAACGCUUGGGAAUUUAUUUAG